UGCCUUUCCCCGCCACCGCCUACAACCACCAAGUUCUUCUCCCUCACGGCGAGCGCGGCCAGCUUUCGACAGCUGACUGUAUAACCGGAACUGUUUCAAAACUUCAUAAGUUAACUGAAGAAUUUUGCUGCAAUAUUAUAACUGAUGGCUGGUUCGGAAAAGACUAAGAAAGGCAACAGUGGUAAUUUGCCGAUACUUCCAUGGAUGAGAAAACCGAUAGACAUCAGCACUAUCGAUGAAUGCCCUCUUAAUCUCAUUCCUUUCAUUGAUUCAAGAUUGGAAGAGGCUUUACGGAAAAUGGGUAUGACUUCGCUCUUUCCUGUGCAAGUUGCAGUUUGGCAAGAGACUAUUGGUCCUGGUUCUUUCGAGCGAGACCUUUGCAUAAAUUCACCUACAGGGAGUGGGAAAACUCUAGCUUAUGCUCUGCCAAUCGUGCAAAAAUUAUCGACUCGUGCUGUGAAAUGCCUCCGUGCCUUGGUUGUGUUGCCUACUAUUGACUUAGCUGUUCAGGUCAAGGAGGUGUUUGCUUCUCUUGCACCUGCUGUUGGUCUCUCUGUGGGUUUAGCUGUUGGUCAAUCUUCUAUUGCUGAUGAAGUUUCACAGCUCAUUCAUAAACCAAUGCUUGGAGCUGGAGUCUGUUAUGAUAGUGACUUUUCACAGCAAUUACAAAGUUCUGUGGAUAUACUGGUGGCUACUCCAGGAAGGCUGAUGGAUCACAUUAGCAACACCAAGGGUUUCACACUAGAGCACCUUUGUUAUCUUGUGGUUGAUGAAACUGAUCGGUUACUUCAGGAAGCAUAUCAAUCUUUCCUGCCCACAGUCCUCCAAUUUGCCGAGGGUUCUAGUAAAACGUUCAUCCAGUUUAAUGGCAACUCUCCUCCAUUGUUUGGUCCACUAAAGACCAUUAGGAGAUCUGCCGUUGAAAGAGGCUUCAAGGGCAAAACAUCCCCAAGGCUGGUGAAAAUGGUUCUAUCUGCCACUUUAACUCAAGAUCCGAGCAAACUUUCCAAUCUUCAUUUGCAUCACCCUUUGUUUUUAACUACUGGGGAGAAUCGUUACCAACUCCCAAAGCAGUUAGAAUCCUUUAAACUGAUAUGUGAAUCCAAACUUAAACCUGUGUAUUUGGUGGCUCUCCUGCAAAGUCUGCAAGGGGAGAAGUGCAUUAUUUUUACAUCAUCAGUGGAGUCAACUCACCGUUUAUGCACACUACUUAAGUUCUUUAGCAACUUGGAAAUUGAAAUCAAAGAAUAUUCACGUCUUCAACGGCCGUCGAUUAGAAGUGCAACAUUAAAAGCAUUUCGAGCUGGGAAAGUCCGUGUGCUUGUUUCCUCCGAUGCAAUGACUCGUGGAAUGGAUGUUGAAGAAGUCAGAAAUGUCAUUAAUUAUGAUAUGCCUCCAUAUAUUAAGACUUAUAUCCAUCGAGCCGGUCGUACAGCCAGAGCAGGCCAAUCGGGACGUUGCUUCACACUGCUUCGAAAAGAUGAGGUUAAGCCAUUCAAGAAGCUAUUACAGAAAGCUGGCUAUGACUCUUGUCCAUUAUAUCACAUCCCUCCAGAAUCAGUGGAGUCACUCCGUUCUGUAUACACUUCAGCCUUGGAGAAACUAAAAGAGAGCGUUGCAUCAGAAACUCAUAGGAAGCGCAAGAGGAAAGCAUAGUUUUUCUUGAUGCUGCAACAAUAUUAACUCGAACGCAUCGCUGAAUCUCAUAACUAGAUUACUGCAUCCGGGACAAAGGUUGAAGGGAUUUGAGUUCAGUUUUGAUCUCUGUCAACUUUCUCAAAUAUCUGGUGGCUUUGCACAUCGAAGAGCGCAAAUACAAGUUGCAAAGCAUUCAUAAAUCAAGUCAAUGUGCAGGCUGAAUGCCUUGAUCCCUCAAUUUCCAUUGUAGACAUGUUUUCGUCGGAAGUCAGUCUCCAAAUGAUGAGGAUGAACAUCUCCAAAUUUUGUUAGAAUGCUGAAGGAUUUGGCAACAAAAAGAGCAUGUCAGAAGGGAUAAAUGUUGAGCUCAUUGCUUUUUGUUCUUCUCUCUUCUGCCUUGUGCUUAUAAUUCUUUUUUUCCCCUAAAAAAUCUUAAGUUUUAAUUAUUGUUUUUCCAUUGGGUAAAUAAAAUACUCCUAGUUAAGUUUAUAACACAUACUGACUAGAGCAUCCAAAUCCUUAUCACAUUUUUCACUUUUUUUUUUUAUAGUUUUAAAAUACAUUUUCAUCAUAUUAUUAGGCUUCUUAGUAAAGUUUAAAACAUUGUAGGCUUGUUUGGAUGUCCACUCAUUUUACAUUUUAACUCAUUUUACCUCUUAAACGCAAAUCAAUGGAAAAGAAAAUAUCAUCAAAACAACUUUCUG